AUGUCUGGUGGAACACCGCGAGGGGGUGGUGGACUUAUGAGGCAGAGGCAUAGCCAGGGGUAUGCAAGCAGUGGUGAUGACCUAGAGGAUGAUGCAUGUUCCAGGCACCGUUCCUUCUUGGGCCCUAGUCCUCCACCUAAGACGUGGAUUGAAAUGCUGGAAAAUUUUCUUUGGCUUGCUUCUGCUGCUUUUAUUCUAUACUUUGGUGAUCAAGAAUCCAAUAUGAUACAUCUGUUGUGCCAUGACAAUCGAAUUAGAAGACUACCUUUGUAUCUUGGGACGAUAGGUAUUGGUUUGAAUACAAUAAUUUUCAUUUAUACAACUUUCUUGGCCUGGAGUGCUCGAAGGUUCGAUGAAAAAUGGGGAUUAAAAAAAUGGGAAAUAACGAGCUUAUCUGUGUUGCCAUUUGCCACAGUAUUUGGAAUAAUCUCCUUUUGCUUGUUCUCUUUUGCUUUGUGGCCAAUAUGGAGUUUCUUGACACUUCCUCUGCUGUUUACACUAUUUAUGGCAUGCAUGGUAGUAAUCCCCUGCCUCAUUUUUGGGACACUGCGGCCUCAAUACUAUGAUGAACUCCGUACAGAUUAA